AGUUAAUAAAACCAGUCACCCCCUAUUGCAAUUCACACAGCAUCGGCCACAAGUCUCUCGUUGCCCAUCAAACAGCAUUAACAUACUGUCGUUAACUACUGUUCUUGGAACGAUCCCCAAAGUCAACAUGUCCUUUAACACCUCGAAACCAGGAAAGUUCACCCAUGCUCAAACAUCAGAGUACCUGAGGGCUGCAAGCCCUCCUCGGAGAAACAGUUCGACUGGGCCGAAAUGAGCAGAUGCGUCAUCGAAGAAUUCUCAGUUGAUGCCCUCAUCAAUUGCAUUGGAGAGCACGAUACAAACAUCUGCGUGAAGCUCCCGCGGCAUAGAACCCGUAACGAAGUACUCUUCGACAAUUUAGAUGGGGAGAAUGACGGGAGGUUUUGCAUCAAGCCUCGAGGGAUCCUAUGGCUGGCUGCGGUGGCUUCAGAGAAUAAAAUGGACUGUGGCCUUGAUCAUGCCUUCUAUUGCUGCCCUGACAAAGACGUCGGUGGCUUCAGGUCUUGCCUCUGCGGACAAGGGGUCAGAGACAAUCAUUUCGAGUGCUUGUUAACAGCCAUGGAGCUGCCGGUCGACGGAGGUUUUGAUCGCCAGUGUGGAUUUGAAAGCCAGGACAAAGUCAAGCCAACGCUCAAGGACACGAAGAUUCUGCCUUUGACGGAUGACGACAUCGACAAGCUCAGUAGCCAUUACAAAUGCGAAAGUUACCCGUAGAGUCGGCUUGAGGAAUAAUUGAGAUCACUUUGCUUAGCUAGGAUAGCUGGUUGC